AUGGUAAAUGCCAGAAUCCGCAAGACAGUCCGAGCAACAAAUGCUACGGUUGGUUACAUUGGUCCUGAAACAGAUUUCAAUUACGAUCACCAGCAUCUUGGCACGGGCCCAAACACACUAGUUGAAAUUGCUGAAGGUCGUCACGCCUUUAGCUCUGCCAUAUCAAAUGCCAAAAACCCAGUUAUUAUUGUUGGUGCUGGGCUUUUUGAGAGGGACGAUAAAGAUGCCAUUUUCUCUGCUGUUGAAACAAUUGCGAAAAAUGGGAAUGUCAUUAGACCUGACUGGAAUGGGCUAAACGUAUUACUUCUGAAUGCUGCUCAAGCUGCGGCCCUUGAUCUUGGACUUGUGCCCGAGUCCAGCAACUGUCUUGAGACUGCAAAGUUUGUGUACCUCAUGGGCGCUGAUGAUGUCAACUUGGACAAGGUUCCCAACGAUGCCUUUGUUGUUUAUCAGGGCCAUCAUGGUGACAGUGGCGUGUAUCGUGCCAAUGUCAUUCUCCCAGCUGCGGCAUUUAGUGAGAAGGAGGGCACGUACGAAAAUACAGAAGGUUGCUCUCAACAAACACUCCCUGCAGUUCCAACUGUUGGUGAUGCCAGGGAUGAUUGGAAGAUAAUUCGGGCACUGUCUGAGGUGGCCGGAAUGAGAUUGCCAUAUGAUACAGUUGGAGCCAUCCGAUCUCGGAUCAGGACGGUGGCACCAAACCUCCUGCAUAUGGACGAGCGAGAGCCAGCUACAUUUGGGCCUUCGUUGAAACCCAAAUGCACCCAAAAGAUGAGUUCGACCCCAUUCAGUAGCGCAAUUGAGAAUUUCUACAUGACUGAUGCUAUAACUAGAGCAUCAAAAAUAAUGGCCCAAUGCAGUGCAAUGCUACUGAAGAAGUGA